AUGCUGUACACGGUUUUGCCUGCGAUUGUGCAGGAUCGCAUCCCUACGCUCCCGUCCAUCCGACGAGCUCUCAGCGAUAUGCGGGCUACUUCGAGGCCGCUCAACAACCCGAGAACUGCGUCUGAUACAUCGCUGCCGCGAAGUCCACCGCCGGGUUACACAUCACGGCCUACCAGCGCCGUUCUAUCGCAGCACAGUUCGAAUCGCAGUUCCAUCUACAACACCAGGGACGAUGAAGAUAUGUUCCAGGAGGCGCUCUCGGAGAGCAUGGCGUCCCCCAUAAGCACACCGCCGCCGUUCGCAGUAUCAGAAACACACACGGGCAUAAAGUGGAAGUAUGCAAACCAAGGUGUCAGCCUCUCCGCUCAGGCAUACGCUGAAUCGCAAUCACCCCACCUCGACGACACCUCCGUCAUCCUCACUCGCCAGAUGUACAUCCACAGCCUGACUUACCUCCUCCGCGGCCUGCCUACCGCGCUCUCACCCGAAGAAGCAAUCUCGCUGCAAGCCGCUCUCCCACCCGACCUUGUUAUAAACACGCCCUGCGACCAUGAUCUCCCAUUCGCCAACUCCAGCCGCGAUACCUCCCCGCCCUCCGACCCAUCUAUCCUGCACCGCAUAAUCGCAACCGUCGUCUUCGAGACUUUCGUCCUCCUCCAAUUCUUGCUUCCCUACAUCAAGCUCUUCCUUGGCCACGCGUACCGCUUCGAGCGAAAGCACAACGUAGCACAGCGUCUCGUUAACAGCGGGAUCAUGGGCGCGGAUGCAGUGCGGAGGACGGGCAUGCAGCUCACGCACACAAUUUGCCAGAUGAACGACGGGAAAGUAGGGGUUGCGCUGAGCGAUUUGAUGUUCUGGUGCGUGAGGGGGGUUACAGGGGGUUUGCAGCAGGGGAUUCAGGAGGGGUUUGGAUUGUUGGGGAGAGAUGAGGAAAGGCCACGGACGCCGGCGAGGCCGGGGAGUGCGAGAGGUGGCAGCGCGAAGGGUAGAAAGUUGUGA